AUGAGAUUUAAUAUUACCACUUUAUUUUAGUCACCUAAUUAUUUUAUGUAUUUUUGGAAAUCUACCUUCCUGAUUCCUUUAGAUUAAGCAUUUAAAAUAUAUUGCAAUAAAUAGAAAAUUAGAAAUAGUAAACAUUGUUUUUUAGAAGCUACUUUCUCACUUUUAGUCAAUGCUUAUGAGGAUUCUGUUUCAAUAACUAAUUUAGGAAGAGUAGUCUUAUUAUAUGUUGCGUAUGUGAAAUUUGUUAUGACUUUAAAUCUAGUUAGUCAAUUAUUUAGGCAUUUGAACGAGAUUAAGCAUAUAUAUUAUUAGAUAAAUUAAUUAUGAAAAAGAACAUCCUUUAAGUCACCAGUAAUAUUAGAGAAUAAUUUAAUUAUACAAAAGUCUGAUAAGAAUCCUUUUACAUAAAAUAGAGUUAAAAUAAUAUUAAAAGAAUUGUAGAUUUUAAAAAGAUAAAGAAAAAGUGUAAUUUCAGAGAAUAUUAUAAAUCUAUUUAAAAGAAGAACAUGAGAGUCUAAUGAUAUAAUUAGAUGAAUUGAAAGAUAUAAUGAAUAUGUCUAAAUAUCAAAAUAGGGGCAAAGAUGAAAUGUUUGAAGAAUCGAUUUCUUUAUAAAACUACCAUUUUCAUAACUGGUUUGAUUGA